AAUAAAAAAAGCGCACACGAAGCUCUCGCUCUCGUUCUUGAGUCUACGUCUCUCUUUAAUGGCGAAAAGGAAAUUCUUGUCACAUAUCAUAUAUAAAACGGCUGCUAUUUUACGUAUAUACAUAUCUAAUCUACAAUAACAUCCUCUGCAUUGGAAUUGCACAGAGCGAGGACAGAGGUUUGCUAUUCGUCCUCUUCUCCAUUCUGUAUUUUGAACAGUUAAAAAUCUGGUGAUGAAUUGAAUGCAGUAGAUGAAAAUGUCUUCAGCGAGCAAGGCAGAUCAGAAAGCGGUUCUUGAUACAGCCGCAUGGAUGUUCAAUGUUGUCACCUCUGUUGGAAUUAUUAUCGUCAAUAAAGCAUUAAUGGCUACAUAUGGUUUCACUUUUGCAACAACAUUAACUGGUCUUCAUUUUGCCACAACCACAUUGAUGACGGUUAUUCUUAGAAGACUGGGAUAUAUUGAAGCUUCCAAUCUACCAUUAUCUGAGAUUUUGAAGUUUGUUUUGUUUGCAAACUUCUCUAUUGUGGGAAUGAAUGUGAGUUUAAUGUGGAAUUCUGUGGGAUUCUAUCAGAUUGCAAAGCUGAGUAUGAUUCCUGUAUCUUGUUUUCUGGAAGUUGUCUUGGACAAAAUACAAUACUCAAGGGAUACUAAGCUUAGCAUAGUGAUAGUUCUCCUGGGUGUUGCAGUCUGUACUGUUACCGAUGUGAGUGUCAAUGCCAAGGGUUUUAUUGCUGCCUUCGUGGCGGUUUGGAGCACUUCUCUGCAGCAAUAUUAUGUGCAUUUUCUUCAACGGAAGUAUUUGCUAGGCUCUUUCAACCUAUUAGGGCAUACUGCUCCAAUACAAGCUGCAUCUCUGCUGUUAGUAGGGCCCUUUAUGGACUAUUGGUUGACAAGUAAAAGGGUUGACACCUACGACUACACUUUAUUAUCUGUGAUGUUCAUAGUCAUAUCAUGCAUCAUCGCAAUUGGGACCAAUCUCAGUCAAUUCAUCUGCAUUGGCAGAUUCACAGCAGUAACCUUCCAAGUUCUUGGCCACAUGAAGACUAUUCUCGUUCUGAUCUUAGGAUUCAUAUUCUUUGGGAAAGAGGGUCUUAAUCUACAUGUAGUUCUAGGUAUGAUCAUUGCAAUAGUGGGAAUGAUUUGGUAUGGCAAUGCCUCAUCUAAGCCCGGAGGAAAAGAGCGAUGUUCUUCACCAAUCAUCAAACCUCUGAAACAGGAUGGAUUAUCAGAAUCCGGUGAGCUUGAAGAAAAGGUCUAGAGUAGCUCACUGGAAUUGAGGAAUAUAAUAAAAAGGGUUGAGCAUCUUGGUUAAGCGAAUUCAAAAAGUCUAUUAUACAUACAACUGAAAGGUCAGAUUUUUAUAUAUUAUUUUUCCCUCCAUGGUUCUUUGUAUCACACGAGCUGUAAAAUUUGUCAUUUUCCAUAAUCAUGUUUUAUAGUAAUUUAUUUCAAUC